CCUUGAUAGACGCCGGUAGAAAUAGGCCUGCUCCCACCACUUUCGCCCAGUUUCCAUCGAUUCUGCUCUUCACAUCUUUUUGCAUCAAUCAGUUCUUUGUUCAUUCUUAUUUGCGGUCGUUGCCUAAUCUUGCCGCUUUGUGUGCAGGACUUGGCAGCAAACAUCUGUUCAGUGCAGCGAAUCAGAGCAAAUCCUACCUUUGAACACGCUCGCCUACACAGCAUUCAACUUUUUACUCUUCGCGCUCAACUCGACUCUCAACUCGAUUCUCAAAUCUCGACUCUCAACUCUCACAACCCUUCUCUAGAGACUUUUCAACCUCUCUAGAGAUACGCACACCAACACACGCACUCUUCACGCCUGUGCUUGUGUCUGUUGUCGUAAGCUCACACCAAGCAGAGAAGACAUGACCCUAACAAAGCAGGCACGUCUUCGCAACCCCGACGACUUCCCGACCCUCCAACUCUUUCUCCUCGCCAUUGUUCGCCUUGCCGAACCAAUCGCUCUCACUUCCAUCUUCCCCUAUGCCUGGGCUCUAGUCAAGAGAUUCAAGAUCGGAAACGAACAAGAUGCCUCCUUUUACUCCGGUCUUCUCAUCUCCUCCUUCUCCCUCGCCGAAGCCCUCAUGGGCAUGUAUUGGGGCGGUUUAUCUGACCGUAUCGGUCGCAAACCAGUCCUGAUGCUCGGCUGUGUGGGGACUAUGCUCAGCAUGAUCAUGGUUGGAUUCGCCUCCAACAUCUGGAUCGCGUUGGUUGGACGCGCGAUAGGUGGACUCCUCAACGGCAACAUUGGCGUCAUUCAAACCAUGGUCGGUGAGCUCGUCACAAAACCCGAGCAUGAACCGCGCGCCUUCUCCGUCAUGCCCUUCGUGUGGAGCAUUGGAACCAUCAUUGGACCUUGCAUUGGCGGAACCUUUGCCGACCCUCACGAGUCCUGGCCCAAUGCAUUCCCCAAGGGUUCUCUGUUCGAGCGAUACCCCUAUCUGCUGCCCAACCUGCUUUGCGCUGCUCUCUUGUUUCUCAGCAUUGUCAUGGGCUUUCUCCUCCUGGAGGAAACUCACCCGGACAUGCAGCCUCGAAUUUCCCUUCCAGCAGACACCUACGUCUCAGAAGAGACCCCGCUGUUGGAGACUUCAGACGCCAUUAAGCGACCGGCAGUCGAUUUGCGUGCCGAGACCUACGGAACCAUUCGAGGCGGUAGCAGCAGCAGCGGGGAGUGUCCAGAGAGCAACUCGAACGAGAUGGCUAUGGAAAAGAAGAUGCCUACGACUAUUUGGAACAAGCGCAUCGUCGGCUUCAUUAUCUCCUUGUGCAUCUUCACCUACCACUCGAUGACCUACGACCACCUCAUGCCAAUCUUCUUUGAAGACGAGCGAGUUUCGGUAAAUACCUUCUCCAAGUUUGGUGCCCUUUCACUCUUCUAUUCUCCCGGAGGCUUGGGCCUUUCCCUUCGAGAUGUGGGAAUGAUCAUGGCUGUCAACGGAGCUAUAGCUCUGUUUGUCCAAGCUGUCAUCUUCCCCCUGGCAGCCGAAAAGUUUGGUGUAUACCGACUUUUCCUGCUUGUCACAGUCUUACACCCCAUCAUUUACGCUAUUGUCCCUCUUCUACUUUACGUCCCCGAGUCCCUUCUUUUCCCCUCCAUCUACUUGUGCCUUGCUGUACGCAACGUACUUUCCAUCACCCUUUACCCCCUUCUCCUUAUCCUGAUCAAAGGAGCCACUCCUUCUGCGAGUGCUCUGGGCAAAGUCAACGGCUUGGCUGCCAGCGCUGGCGCUGCCUGCCGUAUGAUUGCGCCACCAGUCGCAGGUUAUCUCUACACACUGGGCAGCCAGGUGGACUGCACCGCCUUACCAUGGUUUUGCAGCUCCCUGGUUGCCAUUUUCGGUGCUGUUCAAUGCUUCUCCGUCCCUCGAGAUCGUAGUUGUCAACGAUCUAAAGAAGACGCUGAGGAACAAAUUCACAAUGCCACGCCCACUGAAGUUUCAGUUGAGGAUGUGGAGUGAAGAAAACGCAAUCAUAAAAUGAUUUUUAAAAGAAAAUAAAGAAUGCAUAUGAGAAAAAUGACGAACGGCAUCCUCCUAGUAGGAGCUGUCACAUUUUUACAAGACACCCUGCAAGUUGCAGUGGUGAAUAAGUUAAUUUUGAUGAACAGGUUUACGCACGAUUCAACCGGCGUUCACUUUCCGCAGAGGUUCAGAAUGGAUAUAUACCCAAUGGUUCAUGUUCAGAUUGGUUGGUAAAGGAUUCGGUGGAAGAGUACAAAUGAUAUCCAAAAAGGCGCAUGUACAUAAAUUGCUUUGGCGUGUGGAUUGCGCAUUUGUCGGCGUUUUGGGGGCUCGGAAAAGUGUGUAUUUAUCCUGAUACUUUUUUAUUCUCUCUCUUGUCCCCAAAGAAUGAAGGGGACUAGAUAGCAUUAGAGACUAGAAAAGAUAGUAAUGAUGAUGCUUGUACAAAUA